UUUUAGUACUGUGGGAUAGGCAUAGUCGCGUGCCGCUCUCUAUAUCUAACCUCUUUGGGCUGUACACAUUUGCUUCCGGCUGAGACAGUCACGAUCAGCGAUGUUACUGUGGAGUCGCCAUUACAUCAAGAUCAGGAUCGAAAGGAGUGGCUGCUCCCGAAACGAGACAUGUUAUGGUUGGUUCCGUUGGGACGGUUACGCUUAAUUUCUACGCCUUUCUUCGUCUUUUGAGACAUCAUCAUCUGCAGUGAUCGUAUCUCUUUAAUCUGUGACAGCAGGUGACAGAGAGGAUACUGAUAUCUGGAGUGAGGAACUGGAGAGAAAUCCGGCGAAGAAGAGGAAGAAUUAAGGCCUGAAACAGUUUGAUACAAAGGUAUCAACACCAGAGUCUAGGUCAGGUGCCCUCCAAAGCACUAACCAGGAUCAGCCGAGCUUCCCUGAGGGCUUUUACAGAACAAUGGCAUAUGCUGGAAUGAGUAGUGCUACAGUGGAGGCUGUAAGGCCAGGCAACAGUAUGAGUAGCUGGGAGCAGCAACAUCAACAUCAUCAACAUCAACAUCAACAUCAUCAUCAUCAACAUCAUCACCAUCACCAACAUCACCAACAUCAACAUCAGCAUGAACAACAACAACAACAACAGCAGCAGCAGCAGCAGCAGCAGCAGCAGCAGCAGCAGCAGCAGCAGCAGCAGCAGCAGCAGCAGCAGCAACAACAACAACAACAACAACAACAACAACAACAACAACAACAACAACAACAUGAUGAUGAUGAUGAUGAAGAUGAUGAUGAUGAUGAUCAGGAGCAGGAGCAGGAGGAGCAACAAGAAGAGGAGCCUCAGCAUCAGUCUACUUCAAGUGCAGGGAAGCGCAGGUAUGAUGCCAAGAGUCACCUUGGGGGAGGCAGAUCCAUCCACAAAGAGAACAAGUUUCAGUGUGAGCAAUGUACUAAAACUUUUAAAUACAAAAGUCAACUUCAGCAACACACCCUGACACAUAGUGGUGUUAAAAAUUAUGACUGUAAGGAAUGUGGAAAAAAAUUUGCUCUCAAGUCUCACCUCACUCAGCAUAGCCUGACACACAGUGGUGUUAAGAACUAUGAAUGUAAAGAAUGUGGAAAAAAAUUUGCUCUUAAAUCUCAUCUCACUCAACACACCCUAACACACACUGGUGUCAAAAAUUAUGAGUGCAAGGAUUGUGGGAAAAAAUUUGUCCUGAAAUCUCACCUCACCCAACACACCCUGACACACACUGGUGUUAAAAACUAUGAAUGUAAAGAAUGUUUGAAAAGAUUUACCCACAAGUCAAGCCUCACAACACACACCCUGACACACAGUGGCAUAAAAAAUUAUGAAUGUGAAAAAUGUGGGAAAAGGUUUGCUCUAAAGUCUCAUCUCAACCAACACACUUUGACACACAGUGGUAUAAAAAAUCAUCAAUGUCUGGAAUGUGGGAAAAAAUUUACUAGUAAGUCUAAAUUCAACAAACACACUGAGACACACAGUGGUGUUAAGAAUCAUGAAUGUGAAGAGUGUGGGAAAACAUUUACUGUCCCUUCUCAUCUUAAUGAACACAUCUUAACACACUGGCUUGAGGAAGUUCAAGUUUGAUGAUUGUACGAAGUACUUCGAGGCAAAGUACAAGGUGUAACAUGAGUUUCUGCGGGUAUUGCUAGAGGCAAACUUACAGUUUAUUCUUGGUAGAAAAUAUUCUAUAUACAUGUAUUUUUUGGGGCUUGUUAAGCUGUGGGAUGAAAUUAAGAUGUGGUGGGACAACAACAGCCUUAGCUGGCUGUUGUUGCAAGUUAUUGAGUCAUUAUUUCUACAAGUUCUUGUGUAUUACAGUAUCCCAUAAUGAGUGAGUAAUAUUGAUGGACAUGUGAUUUACUAAUAAACAUUACACAAUGGUAACGGGUUUAAUUAAUGGCAAAUAAAAUAACAGUUUACUGCCCCAGUGUGGAAGAGGAAUGAAGGAGGCUAGCAGCAGAUUAGCUAAUUGCAAUUUCAUGACAAGGUGGUGACAGUGAAUACAUUUAGAUUGUGUGGCAUAAUAAAGAAAAAAAAAAUUAAAAUGCCACACAUUUACAGUAAGAUGGAUCAUGCUGACAAACACUUGCUUGGUCCAUCUCUCAAAUAUUUGUUGCCCCACCACACUUAAAUUUCACUCCACAGCUAAACACCACCUCAAAAAGCACAUGUUUAUAGAACAUUUUCCAUUUAGAAUAACCUAUUCUUUUGCCUCUAGCAGUAUCUUCAGAAAUCCAUGUUAUACCCUUCUAUAAUGCUGCCUACUAUAUGUAAAAUCACUUUUGAGAUGGUGCAUUUUAUGAAUAAGUGUUGUACUAGUUGUGGAUUGUGAGUGCAUUCUCUAUGAGAAUGAAAAGUGAUGGUGAUGGGCAAUGUCCUGAUUUAUGUUGGUAGCUGUGCCCUUGUAUUAAUAUGUGAGGGAGUGUAAUAAUGUCCUGCAUUUAGUGUAUUUUAAUUUUGGGAAAUUCAGUUUAGUCAGUCCCAGUUAUUGACAAUCCUAAUUCAUAUUUGAAAAUCACAUUCUUGUUUUCAAUUAUUAUUUCCUUCCCACUAAAUUGUACUUAGUGACCAUAUUCUUGCUUGCAUGUGUUUGAUAGCAUAUAAGAUGCUUAGAGAUAGUAAAUACACCCUUUCUCAGCAAGGCAUAAACAAAGUAAAGUUCUUUGUGUUUUUAUGAAUGUAAUAUUUAAAAUAAGCAAGCAGUAGGGUGGGUUAGAAAUGUAAUGUACAUUUUUUUCAAAAUGUUCCAGAAAAAAAAAACCCAUUGAAUUUUGAAAUUGAAAGGAACUAUGACUUGAAAGAAAAUACGAUGAUUUCUACACGUUACGUGUGUCACACACCUCUGUGGUCAUGAAAUAAGUGUCAGUUGCUUCUGAAUAAAGGUUCUCAACUUGUAUGUAUCAUCCAGAGGUGUGGAUGAACCAUACACACAUUAUCUGUGAAAAGUGAAAUGUUGAGAAACAUAAAAAAUGAAGCACAGCUGAAAUAAAACAUAUAUACAUAUUCUAUGGAAUUGACUAUAACAAUAAUCUUAUAGUAUUUAUUGAAUGCAAAUUCCUUGAAUUUGUCAAAAAAAAAAAAAAAAAAAAAAAACAGGAUUUUUUAAAAAGUAUAUUCUUGUCAUUUUCAUAAUUUUUUCCUUUGUUCUAAGCAUUAGGCUUGCAUCACUUUCAUGUUUGGUAUAAUAAAAUACAUUUCCAUUCAA